CCGCCCUCCCAUGUUUGUGGUCAGAAGGAGAAGGGGGGGGCUAUGUGCUUGUGUCUCCUGCUGGCGUAUCUCUCACUUUUGUGGGAGUGGAGGAAAACUACUGUCCAACCAUAGACCUUGCUGCUUUUUUUUUACAUGCUGGGUACAACUUUUUUUUUCUUCUUCUUUUCUCUUUUACUCUUUCCAGAUCAUGUAAUUUCAGCACAAAAGAGCCGAGGAGCUCAGGUUCAAAUAAGGCUGUCAGAAACUUACAGAGAGAGAGAGGGAAAAAAAAAAGAAAGAAAAGAUGGGCUCUGGAUCCAGGGAUGAGAUUCGGCAUAGCUUGUUCCAAGGCAGCAGGUAAAGUCCUGCCCUGCUAGAAAGCGAGGACAUGCAAGUACAAUAAAACAGACUCCAACCGUAGCAACAAACAAACACAGCAUUAACGCAAAUAAACUACGGAAUUCAUUUUGCAUAUUAAUAUCUAUAAAACUUUUAAACUGGAGAAUCUUUGGGAGAGGAAAAAGUUUACUGGAAGAACUGACCACAUUCUUAGAAGACAUCACCGAGGAAGAUCUGUGAUCAGGAAAGAAGGCAGCCUGUGAGCCUGGAAAGGACUGAGAAGAAGGAAAUUCCUGGUGUUGAUGGUCAUUUACAAUAAACAAAGGACAAUGACCUCUCUGAAAGUUGUCACUUUGUUACUCCUUGUGGUCGUGGGGGGGACAUACGGCAGCAACGCUCAAGAAUUUCAGAACAGCGAGGGCUCGGAGCAAGAAUUUUUCUACAUGAACAGGGAGAGACGAUCAGCAGAAUCGUCAGACAAAUGCAGCUACACGUUUAUCGUGCCCCAGCAAAAAGUCACCGGCGCCAUUUGCGUCAACUCCAAAGAGCAGGAGACGGUGUAUGAAAGCCGGGUGCACAAACACGAGAUAGAACUUUUGAACAUUGAACUUAUCAAGCAGAAGAGACAGAUUGAAACUUUGCAGCAGCUGGUAGAGGUGGAUGGGGGCAUUGUUAAUGAGGUCAAACUCUUGCGGAAAGAGAGUCGAAACAUGAACUCAAGAGUGACCCAGCUCUACAUGCAGCUACUGCAUGAAAUCAUCAGGAAAAGGGACAACGCGCUGGAACUCUCUCAGCUCGAAAACAAGGUUCUGAACCAAACUGCGGAAAUGUUACAGCUCACAAAUAAGUAUAAGGAUCUAGAACACAAGUACCAACAUUUAGCCUCUUUAGCGAGUAACCAGUCUAUUGUGAUCGCACAGCUUGAAGAACAAUGCCAGAAGGUGCCACAAUCACGGCCAAUACCGCAGCCACCACCCCAGCAGCCAAACCGGGUGCAACCACCACCCAACUAUAAUCGUAUUAACCAAAUAUCUACCAAUGAGAUACAGGGAGACCAAAACUUAAAAGUUCUUCCACAUCCUUUGCCAACAAUGCCAGUGGUCACCAGUAUACCGACAUCUACAGACAAACCUUCAGGCCCAUGGAGAGACUGUCUACAAGCACUGGAAGAUGGGCAUGACACAAGUGGCAUUUAUUUGGUGAAGCCAGAAAACACUAAUAGAUUAAUGCAAGUAUGGUGCGAUCAGAGACAUGACCCUGGUGGCUGGACCAUCAUCCAGAAAAGAGUUGAUGGAUCAGUCAACUUCUUCAGAAACUGGGAGACGUACAAACAAGGAUUUGGUAAUAUUGAUGGUGAAUACUGGCUGGGAUUGGAGAAUAUCUACUGGCUAACAAACCAAGCUAACUACAAGCUACUAGUAACCAUGGAGGACUGGCAAGGACGGAAGGUCUUUGCAGAGUAUGCCAGCUUCCGCCUGGAACCAGAAAGUGAAUUUUACAAGCUUAGACUAGGACGGUACAAUGGCAAUGCAGGAGACUCCUUCACAUGGCACAACGGCAAGCAGUUCACUACCUUGGAUAGAGACCACGAUGUAUAUACCGGAAAUUGUGCCCACUACCAAAAGGGUGGAUGGUGGUAUAAUGCCUGUGCUCACUCUAAUCUCAAUGGAGUUUGGUAUAGGGGAGGACAUUACCGUAGCCGAUAUCAAGAUGGAGUUUACUGGGCAGAGUUCCGAGGUGGUUCAUACUCUUUAAAGAAGGUUGUUAUGAUGAUCAGGCCCAACCCAAACACUUUCCAUUAAAGACAGAGCCACACAAUUUUAAAACAAAGACUUCUUCCGCUUUUGGAAACUCUGUACUGUAGUCAUUUCCCUUGCAGAAAGUGUCAGAGAUCUCACUGACAGAUACGUAGACUAACUGUCCACCAGUACUGUAAGAUGACGUACAACUAUCUAUCCAUUGCUAUGAUGUUUUUCUCUGCACCAGGAGCAUCCACAAGUCUUACCAAACCCUUUGGGCAUACCAAACACAUACACACUUUGUUGCCAUUCUCUAAACCAAAACCAGUCCUUAGAAAACACAUGUAAUAAAGUAUAGCUAUACAUGUUACAUAUGUAGACCACAACUUAAGGUAUUUUAAAGUACUAUGUACUGAGAUACAACUUAUUAUCUUUUUUGGAUUAUUCUGACACAGGAAGAAGCCUCCAAUGAAAUGUAUGUAGCAGCAAAUGUAGAAUGCUAAGCUAAUAUUGUUUUCAGUAUGUUGCUUUAUCUUAAAUUACCAACUAUAGCAAAAAAAGAUAUACUGUAAUAUACCACAUGUUAGGGUUACACUAAUGGGGGUCUCUAUCCUAACCAUUGGGAUCUACCCCCAUACUCCUAUUGCUUUUAGGACACACAAUAAUUUCAGUCCACUCAUGGAUUCACAAUGUACUGUAUCAACGUAAACUAUUUUGUGACCUCAACAACGUCUAUACUUCAUCAGGGAACUACACACUUUGCUAUAACCAAACAACCUACCUGUACAGUAUUUAGAGAACUAUGUAAAUAUAUAUUUUUGAAGUAACAAAAAUAAAUAAACAUACAUUACCCCCAAACCAAGUUCUUUACAGAUACCUGACCAGUUGUUGUUCUGAUAUUAGUUUCUAACCUUCACCUCUUAAAUUGCGGUAUCCAACUUUGCAGGCAAAUGAAGGGUGCCAUCUACAUAUUUAAUGGUAUCUGAAGAACUUCAGAUUAAUAAACUUUUUUUCUAAUAAAAGACAAGUAUUUUCAAAUAAAUUUGUUUAAAUUCAACAGCAUCAUUUUAU